AUGUGUGAUGAAGAGUGUGAUGAAGAGUGUGAUGAAUGUGUGAUGAAGAGUGUGAUGGAAGAGUGUGAUGAAGAGUGUGAUGAAUGUGUGAUGAAGAGUGUGAUGAAGAGUGUGAUGAAGAGUGUGAUGAAGAGUGUGAUGAAUGUAGCAGUCCCGGCCCACACUGACCAGAACGAGACCGGCUGCAGCCUCAAAGACCAGAACGAGACCGGCUGCAGCCUCAAAGACCAGAACGAGACCGGCUGCAGCCUCAAAGACCAGAACGAGACCGGCUGCAGCCUCAGAGACCAGAACGAGACCGGCUGCAGCCUCAAAGACCAGAACGAGACCGGCUGCAGCCUCAAAGACCAGAACGAGACCGGCUGCAGCCUCAGAGACCAGAACGAGACCGGCUGCAGCCUCAAAGACCAGAACGAGACCGGCUGCAGCCUCAAAGACCAGAACGAGACCGGCUGCAGCCUCAGAGACCAGAACGAGACCGGCUGCAGCCUCAGAGACCCAUCCAUCACCGCUGGCAACACAACAAACCGCACUGAGCCAGAGUCACUUUUCAGUCGGUUUUCCCCUUUUUUAACCGUUCUUUUACCGUCACACGGGGAUGUGAGCGAUGAGGACACGGCUCACACAUGGUUCUGA